GGGGGCUGUGAGGGGGCUGCUGUGGAGAGUCCGGGCGCCUGCGAGUGAGCCGGGCGGAGCCGGCAGUGGAGGCCGCCGAGAGAAGCGGGAGAGAUGGCUGCCAUACGCAAGAAACUUGUCAUUGUAGGAGAUGGAGCAUGUGGAAAGACCUGCCUCCUUAUUGUCUUUAGCAAGGACCAAUUCCCAGAGGUCUACGUCCCCACCGUCUUUGAGAACUAUGUGGCUGACAUCGAGGUGGAUGGAAAGCAGGUAGAACUUGCCCUGUGGGAUACAGCUGGCCAAGAGGACUAUGACCGCCUGAGACCCCUCUCCUACCCAGAUACAGAUGUCAUCCUCAUGUGUUUCUCCAUUGACAGCCCCGACAGUUUAGAAAACAUCCCUGAGAAGUGGACUCCGGAGGUGAAGCACUUCUGCCCCAAUGUGCCUAUCAUCCUGGUGGGGAACAAGAAGGACCUGCGAAAUGAUGAGCAUACACGCCGGGAGCUAGCCAAGAUGAAGCAGGAACCAGUGAAGCCAGAAGAGGGACGUGACAUGGCAAACAGGAUUAGUGCUUUUGGCUACCUGGAAUGUUCUGCAAAGACAAAGGAUGGAGUACGGGAAGUGUUUGAGAUGGCCACCCGGGCUGCCCUGCAGGCCAAACGUGGGCGCAAGAAGACCUCAUGCCAGCUGCUGUAAUUCCUUCCCAGCCUGCCUUCCCUGCCAGCCAGCCAAGCCUUUGAGCUCUUAGCUUCCAGGCUUGCCUCUCUUGUGAUACCAUGGACUGGCAGGUCUCCUC